AAAUGAAUUUAAUAAAAUGAUGACAGUCAUGGAUCACAGUCAGUCUGAUCCAGACGUCCACGUCCUUCAGAGGAGACGAGGCUGUGAGGUUGAGAGACUGUCUGAUGGUUCAGUAAAGUUUCUCAGUGGAUCUGAACACUACAGAUAUGAUGGUCAGGACUUUCUCUCCUUUAAACUUCACACUGAGCAGUGGGAGGCCUUAAAUGAUCAGGCCCUGUCAAUCAAACAGAGGUGGAACAGUAACAUCCCCCUCAAACAGGACACCCUGGGUUACAUUAAGGAAACCUGUGUGGACUGGGCUGAGGAGUUAAUGAAAUAUGAAGAUGAUUACAUCAGAAACUACUAUAUAACAAUGAAAAUUGGGAGGAACCGUUUUCAGGUGCGUGAAAAGCUGGAAUCCACAGGAGUGAGACCAAAUGGAGGUGGAACCCACCAGCUGAGGAUGAGUGUGGAGAUUCCUGAGUCUGAUAGAGCAGAAUUUCGUUGCUUUGUGAACCACAGGGCCCUGGAGACACCAAUAGUGAAGAUCUGGGUGUGGGAAAGUUUGUUUCAUUUUGGAGUUAUCGUUGGAGCUGUGAUCGGAGUUUUGGUAUUAAUAAGUGUGGUGGUGGGGAUUUUGAUCUACAUCAAAACACAUAAAAACAUUACCGCUGCCACCGCAAGUAAUCAGACUGCAAACACAGCCACAUUGAGGAGCAGUGAGGAGUAA